CCCACAUGUUCAGCUACCGGGGAAACACUAGAGCUGAAGCAGCAGGGAGGUUCCAGUGUACAGCUCAUUAAAGCCCUACAUUUACCCUCUCUAACUAAAAUAUUCAGCUUUAUCACACCGAGGGACAUUUCUCAAAAUGUCUUCGUUCAGGAAAGCGUUGAAAUCCCGACAGAAAAACCACCAUGAAAGAUCUCAGCCUGGUUUCAGGAAACAUCUGGGGUUGCUGGAGAAGAAGAAAGACUACAAACUCCGUGCAGAUGAUUAUCACAAGAAACAAAACACUCUUGCUGCUCUGCGAAAGAAAGCUCUGGAUAAGAACCCAGAUGAGUUUUACUACAAGAUGAUCAACGCCCAGCUGCAGGAUGGCGUUCACGUAGCAAAGAAAGGCACUGAGGACGUGGAGAUGACAGAGGAGCAGAAGAAAGUGAUGAGGACGCAGGAUAUCAAAUAUGUGGAGAUGAAAAGGGUUGCAGAGGCCAAGAAAAUUGAGAGGCUGAAAGGAGAGCUUCAUCUUCUAGACGCGGGCAGAAAACAAAAAAACAAGCAUACAUUCUUUGUGGAUUCCAAGAAGGAUGUGGAGUCAUUCGACCUGGCGAAACACCUGGACACAGCUCCUGAGCUGGUGGACAGAGUGUACAACAGACCAACGCUCACAACUCUGGAGACGAAGAGCGUCCAGGGAGCUGUGGAUCCUCACAAUGUGAAGAAGUUGGCCAAGCAGAGGAACCAUCAGUAUAAGAUCCUUUCCCAGAGGAUUGACAGAGAAAAAAAAAUGUUUGUGAUCACACAGAAGAUUCAGACCCGCAAGGACCUACAGGAUAAGAACAAGAAAGUGAAGGUAAAAAAGGAGACAACCAGUGCUGCAGCUAUCUACAAGUUUGAGGCCAAGAGGAAACGCUGAGCGGGGUGUAAUCACCAAUUUUGCCAACAAGAUACUGGUGAAAUAAUGGACUUGUAGACAAUGGGAUGAUUCUCAUUUCCUCAGAUGUUGCUCCAGCUACACAGUUUUGUACAUAUUUAUCUACAAUUUUUAGUUUCUUUCAAAUAAAUAUCAGAAUUACACACA